AUGCGUCUCAUUCUCACAGGAGCCACCGGCCUGGUCGGAUCAGCCGCUCUCAACCAUAUUCUCUCACUCCCGCCCGGGCAAGUAUCGCACUUGUAUAUCCUGAGUCGGAAAUCCGUGCCCCUCGCUGAGAAUCGACCUGACGUUACUGUGAUCGAGCACAAGAACUUUAACGAAUACAGUCCUGAAUUGUUAGAGAAGCUAAAGGGCGCCGAUGGCUGUAUCUGGGCGUUGGGAAUUUCUCAGACACAAGUAUCAAAAGAGGAAUAUGUGAAAAUCACUGUCGACUAUCCACUAGCAGCAGCAAAAGCCUUUUCGGGGUUAUCAGACUCCUUUAACUUCGUAUAUGUUUCGGGAGAAGGAGCAACACAAGAACCGGGAAGGUUCACCCCAUACUACGGUCGGAUCAAAGGCGAGUGUGAGGCUGCCUUGAUCGAACUGUCGAAAAAGUACCCCAGUCUGAAGCCCUACUCCGUCAGACCUGCGUUCGUGGACGCGGCAUAUGACCCCCCGACACUGGCAUCCGUCAUGCAACGGCCGGACUUCACUGUCGGCAAAAGGCUGCUCUUUGGGACUUUCGGUCCCAUAAUAAGACAGUUAUAUUCCAAAGGUGUCUCACCGACGAAGGACCUCGGACGUUUCCUGACAGACCUGGCCAAGGGAAACGGACAACCACUUACAGGAGAAGGGGUCAGUGGUAAUGGAUGGAUUAUAUCGAAUGCCGCAUUCCGGAGAGAAGCAGGCCUCUAA